GUGGUAUGCAGUGGGGUAUGCCAUAUAUGCACUGGACAAGCUUCAUGGCACUGUCAUGGGCACACUCAAAGGGCUGUGCCUAAUCCAGUGGCUUCUGGUAGUUCUUGGUGGCUGGAGCAGAGUUCAGGAGUUGGGAACGAGACCAUCAGGACGUUCCGUGCACGUCGCAACGUUCCAUGGAGGAACCGCUCAUGAAUUUUGGAUCCACGGAGGAAGCCACGGUGACUUCUCGGAGGAGUUGUGGGUGUUUGACUUUGACACUGGCAGCUGGGAACAGCGACAGCUGAAUCAGGCACCUAUGGCGCGAGGGGAUCACGUGGCUGUUUGGGAUCCAAAUGGAGUGCUUUGGAUCCAUGGUGGCUACAAUGGUGUCCACUACUUCAAUGACUUGUGGAGGUACUCCGCCUCCACGUGGACAAACAUCAUGGCGCCGGGUCCCUCGGCACGUAGUCAGCAUGUGGCUGUUUGGGAUGCAUCGAACCGGGCCAUUUGGAUCCACGGUGGACUCUUCGACUGCACCUUGAACCAAGACCUCUGGAAGUUCGACACGCAACAGGGCACCUGGACGCUUCUUCCGAACAGUCAGCAUCAACCUUUUGCGCGAGCAAAUCAUGUGGCAGUUUGGGAUGAAGUAGAUCGAGCUAUUUGGAUUCAUGCUGGAUACAAUCGUUCCUGUGGAGAAGUCAAAGGAGGUUUGCAACAGGAUCUGUGGAGAUAUGACACCACGGUCGGCAGCAACAACUGGAAUCUGAUUGCCAUGGGUGGUCCAUCAGCUCGAGCUUUUCAUGUAGCUGGCUGGGAUCCAACCAACAGAGCUCUUUGGAUUCACGGCGGAUUUGACGGCGGGUCUUUCUGUCGCGAUCUUUGGAGAUUUGAUGUGGAGAACUACGCAUGGCAACUGAUUGCUGAUAAAGAAGGCCCAUCACGGCGGUUUAACCACGCGGCUGCGUUCGAUGUCACAACGACAUCACUUUGUGUCCAUGGUGGUUAUUCCGACGGAUUUUUGCAGCAUGACAUGUGGUGCUACCAAUGGACAACCACCACAACAAGCUACACAACGUCCAUCUCCUCAACUUCCAGCAUCAGCACUUCCAGCACAGUCACCUCCACAGCCACUUCAACAACAACUCUCAGCAGAUCCAGCACAAGCGUGACCUCCACAACAAGCAGAAGCUCUUCCAAAACGACCAGCAGCUCCUUGACGCUCAGCACUUCCGUCACAUCCUCUUCGACAAUUUCCCACAGCAGCACCAGUAGCUCUGCCAGCACUAGCACUUCCACAAGUACCACACUGACGUUCAGCAUCACAUCAAGUACCAGCAGUAGCACACUGUCAACCAGCAGCAGCGCCACUACAUCCACAUCCAGCAGCACUUCCACCACCACGCACAGCACUUCGACCAGUUUCUCUCACACUCAGACCACCUCUACCAGCGCCACAUCCAGCAGCACAAGCACAAGCUCAAGAAGCUUCAGUUCCACUACCACCAGCUUCAGCAUCAGUUUCACCAGUACCAGUUCCACCAGCACUACUUCCGCCACCAAAAGUUCCACCAGCCUCACUAUAUCCAGCUCAACUUCGAGCACACAGACAAGCUCCAGCUCCACUCAAACCACUUCCUCUCAAACUCAGACCAGUUCCACUUCUUCCACCAUAACCAUGACCACCUCAACUAGCAGCAGCAUGACCACCACCACAACCACACCAGAAGAUCUUACAGCUGUGUAUAUCCUUUGUCCACUCCUUGGAUUUGCCAUCGUUGCUUUGAUCAUCCUGUCAUUGUUGUACAUGCGGAGAUACUGCAAAUUGCGCCGUUUCGUGGUGCUUCCAGUGCAGCCAUCGGUGCCAUAUGCAUAUGUGAAAUGGCCACCCAGUCCACCACCAGUUCCACCACCCAUCCCCAUCCAACUGCCAGCAAUCAACACCCAAGAACUGAUCCCACCACCUGGGCCAUUUCCACCAUCAGUUGUCCCUUCCAAUCCAGAUCUUCCUCUCCUGUUGCCUGAGUUGUGCCCCUCAAGCGAGGCCGUGCUUCCCAGAGCCAUUGAGAUUUGCAUCACCGUUCCAUCCGACCGAGCAAGAGAUGCUUGGGCAGUUGGUCCAAUGUGUGUGAGCCCUGCACCCCCAAUAGUUGAAGUUGGAGUGGUUGUGCCGCGCAAAUGCUCAGAACGAGAAGUGGGAUUGGCAUGGACGUCUUGCAGGCGGCUGCCCGGAGAGACGCAAACAGCCCCGCAGUUGCCAACUCUGAUCUCCAUAAAGAUCUCACAAUUCGUUUUGAGACCAAUUCCUCACUUGUUGGAGCUGUACCCAACAUCAAGGAGUGCUUGUCAAAAAGUGGCACAGCAAGUCCCAGUGCUUGCACUCGUGCCAGACUUGUACAAAUGCGCAGCUGGAGCUGGCAGAGGUCGGCCUGUGGGACGACUCGAACCUGUCGAAAUCUGGAUGUCACCACCAGCCAUCCGCCAUCUCAGAGAGGGCCCAAGCUUGUUCCUGCGGGCAAAGUUGGGAACUUUGACUGCAACUCAUAAUGCAACACCGCGAUUACCAUCAGCAAUUCAGGAGCCACCAGUUCUACCGGUCAGGGACCACGGUGCCAAAGUGUCAAGGUCAAAGGGGUCUCGCAUGGUACUCGACGAGCCAGGAAUCGUAAAGCGCAAAGCCACAAAGGUUUGUGCUUGUGAGGUAUCCAAGCUGACUUCAAUUUGCCUCCAUGUUUCUAUUCCACGCGUCAUGCAGGCCUUUCAUGAACGACUCCAAAUGCUACCAAGCGAGCCCAAGAAAGUAAUCAUCAGACAUAAAGGGGUGGCAUUGUCAGCUCCACCAAAGUUCCAAUGUCCAAGUACUCGCAAACCACGGCAGCCCUUGGGGAUCACACCUCCUCCAGUUUUGGAGAAACCUGCCAGAAAUCCUUCCUCCGCACUGCCAUUUGGUGUUCCAGUUAGCCCCGCUUCCCCAGCUCCAGUCACAACGUCAACCAAUCCAGUGGAUCCAGUGGAAAUCCAAGCUGUUGGGUCCCAAAGCCCGGGCGCACCAGAGACAGUCCCGACAGUCCCUUGGUGGAUCAAGCCACCACAGCGGCAGAGAAGACCUUUUCGGCUCUGA